AUGAACCCCGAUGCGAGUUUAAUUACUGCACUCGUAGAGCGGUGGCGACCCGAGACGUCGACCUUCCAUCUACCGUGUGGUGAGGUCACGAUCACGUUAGAGGACGUUGUUACACUGUCCGGUUUGGCGAUCGACGGUGAUGCCGUCGUAGUUGAUAUACCGGAUGAGGAGUGGUCGGCGAUCUGUUUGCGACUGUUAGGACGGGUUCCUUAUGAUCUUGUAGGCGGGGUCGCUGUUGUUAGGAUUACGCCAUAUGAAUCAACAACUCCAUAUUGA